GUUUCUAUGAAAUUUGUUACUUUUAUAAUUAAUACUUUGUAAAAUAAGGAUUAAGGAUGUCCGAUAUCACUAACGAAAUUCCUGGAUUAAAACAGAAAAAAGUUUUCAAAAUUAUUGUGCUUGGAGAUUCAGGAGUUGGCAAAACCUGCCUCACUUUUAGAUUUUGCGAAGGCCAAUUCUUAGACAAAUCUGAAGCUACCAUAGGUGUAGAUUUUCGAGAAAGGACAAUUCGUAUUCGUAAUGAAGAUAUUAAGUUGCAGUUGUGGGAUACGGCGGGCCAGGAGAGAUUCAGAAAGUCCAUGGUACAGCACUACUACAGGAAUGUCCAUGCUGUAGUCAUUGUGUAUGAUGUGACAAAACCCGAGACAUUUCAUUCAAUAUCUAGCUGGAUGCAAGAAGUGGAAUCGCAUGGUCUGUCGGGUGCACCGCGCGUGCUGGUCGGCAACAAGUGCGACUGCGGCACGCCUGACUCGCGCCUUGCCACUACAUACGCGCAGCGCCUAGCUGACAAGUAUGGCAUGCCUCUGUUCGAGACGUCAGCGCUGCUGGACUCUGAAUGUGAUAAUGUGGAGUCAAUAUUUAUGACUCUCGCCCACAAACUGUACUCCAAACAGCCUCUGCGAGUUGUUAGUGUUGAGGGAGAUAGUAGUCCUAGCCGAGUUUCGCUGCACCGACAGAGGCGACAUGCGCCUAACGACAGCUGUCUUUGUAGCUAGACUAAAAUGCACAACAUUACUGAGAAUUUCGUUGAAAAAAGUACCACCUUCGAAAA